AUGUUUCAACCUGAAAAACCAAUUGAAAUAGAAAAAUGUUUAGAAUUAAUUUUCCGAAAUAGUUUAGGAGAUUAGGCCCAGGAAGACUUGAUUAAAGAUACAACCUAAGCAUUUCUUCAAUUCUUGCAUGAAAAUGAACUAGCCCAAAGAAACACAAAAAUUAUAAUGUUCGGAUCACUUUUAAAUGGAUUCAAAACAAAACAAUCAGAUAUUGAUUUCUCAAUAACUACGAAUUCAUAUAUUUCUGAAAAAACAGCCUUGAGUUAUUGGACUACUUAGUUAGGAUACCAAACUAGAUUUAAGUUAGAUUAGAGUUUUCUGAAAUCUCGAGUUCCUGUAAUAAAAAUAUUAGAUCAAUAAAAUCUCAUUCAUAUAGACUUGUGUUAUAAUAAUUUAUUGGGAGCAAUCAAUACACGCUUACUGAAAGCUUAUUCAUAAUUGGAUUGCAAAGUUCAGAAGGUAAUGCUACUUUAGUAACAAAAAGGGUGGUGCCUUGUUAAAAAUAUGGGCAAGAGGGGCAAAGAUUGUGACGAAUUUUCUGUUUUCAUCCUAUUCAAUCAUAAUACUUUGGUUGCAUUUCUUACAAGCUAAUUAUGACCUACCCAAUUUAUAGAAUCAAAAUUAUAAUUGUAACAAUAUUGAUUCUGAUCUAACUCUAAAAAGAACACUUUAUGAGAAUGAAAAUAUAAUAAAAAUAAAAUCCUUUUUUGUAAUGAAUUCAGCGUAAUUUUUAGGUGUAUGAGGGUGAGACUUAUGAGAAAUUAAAAUUCUAAUUUUAAGCAAAAAUUUCAUAAAUUUCAUUAUAAACUCUAUUGCAAGAAUUCUUUGGCUACUAUUCUUAGAACGGAUAAGGAUUUAAUCAACCUUAUAAGAUCUCUAUAAAUUUAAAGGAACUGAAGGAUUAGGGAAUGCAAUAUUCCAUGUCUGAUCCAUUUGAUCCGCUUCAUGAUCCUUUGAAGAAAAUAAACAAGGCAUUUAGAAACAAUAGGGCGUUUGAUAAUGCUAAGCAAUUUAUGAAGACUGCAUAAGAAAUUGAAUUCUUGUUUCAGGACGAGAGACAAUUAUUACACUACUGAUAAUAGAAAAUAAA